AUGAAUCUCACUGCCCAAAAUGAUGAAGAAUAUAAAACACUUGGGAAAAUAUCCCUUCUUAAGUCUGCUACUUCUGCAAAGCAGUGUCUUUCUGUAAGCAAGGGCUCAAAUCAAAUGGUGAAACAUACAUAUUUGGAGAACGAGAAUUUGGAAAAUCUGGAACGUUGCCUAGUCCAUGCUGAAAAUAAUUAUUUGAACCAUUUUGAAAGUAGGAUUGGAUUGACCUUUGAGUCAAACAUUUCUGAAAAUCAGAGAUUUAAAAAUGAAGAACAAAGUGCUAAGUGGGAUUCAUUUGAGAGGUCCUUCACCGAGGAGUCGACCCUACAAGAUGACCAGAGCAUUUUCAAUGAAAAUAGAAUUGCUCAAUGCAGUGACUCUGAGAACAAAUUUAACGAGGGUCCAAAUGUUAAUAAAUGUGUGAGGACUCAUUUUCCAGAGAAUCAUUAUGAGUGUGAUAAAUAUGUGGAAGUCUUUUAUCAAAGCUCCAACCUGAUUAUACAUAAGAGUAUCCCUACGGGAGAGAAUACUUAUAAAUAUAAUGAGUGUGGGAAAUCUGUUAACCAGUCCUCCAGUGUUGGUGAUUAUCAGAGAAUUCACAUGGAAAAAAACAUAUACAGAUGUAAUAAACCUGUGAACAUGUUGAGUCAAUCAUCAGGACUAAACAUACAUAACACAGCCGCUACUGGACAGAAAACUUACAUUUGUGAGGAAUGUGGUAAAGCCUUUGACUGGCACUCAACACCAUCUCAACACCAGCCAAUGCCUACUGGAGAGAAACCUUACAAAUGUGAAGAAUGUAACAAGGUCUUUAUCCACCACUCACACCUUAUUCAACAUGACAGAAUUCAUCCUGGAGAGAAACCUUACCAAUGUGAAGAAUGUGGAAAGGCCUUUAACCAGCACUCAAUGCUUACUCGACAUCAAAGAAUUCAUACUGGAGAGAAACCUUAUCAAUGUGAAGAAUGUGGCAAGGCCUUUAACCAGCACUCAAACCUUAUUCAACAUCACAGAAUUCAUACUGGAGAGAAACCUUACCAAU